AUGAUUAGCGAACUCGUCAAUAAACAAUUCAUCGUCAUUGAUGAAUUAGAAAUUCAAACCAAAAAAUCCUUCAACAAUAAUAACAACAACAACAAUUCAUCAUCUUCUCCCACCAUCCUCUCUGGACAAGGUUCACCUAAACCUCUCUCACCCAUCAUCCAAAACGGUCGUCCCAGACGUUCCUCCUCACUCACCAAAGAUCAACUCGAAAUUCGUAAAGUCUACGACAAGAUCUCACAGAGUCCAGUUUAUAAUGUUCCCGAUAAAGUCAUUGAGAAGAAUCAGAAGAGUUUUCUUCUUUCCAAUGAAGAGUCCUUGUUGGUGUAUUACUUUCGGGAUUGGUUGGAAGUGAUGGAAGAACAGUUAGAGGAUGAUUUUCGGAGAAGUUCAGAAGCUUGUCAAACGAAUGAGAAGGCUUCUUCUUCUUCAACCACCACCACCACUGGUCGACGACAAGUGUGCAUCAAAAAGAAGGAUCAAUUACAAAUGAAAGUGAUUUUGUAUGAUGUGGAUGAUUAUCCCUUGUAUUUCCCAUUGCGUUUGAUGAGUGAGGGAAAUUUCAAUGAUCCUGAUUUUAUCAAGUUUGGAGUUUCCUUCUCGGCACCUCACACAAGUGGUGUUCAAGAAAAGACAUUUGUGUUCAUGGAAGAUGGAUUGGUUCAUUUGGUGGAAAAACAUGAAUCAACUUUGGUUCCUCAACAUGUUCUAGAAGGUUACGAGAGUGAAUCGUUGUGUGUGAAAAGCGUCACUGAAAAUUGUAAAAUAUUGAAACGAUUGCAACAAAUUUGUAGAGUCAUUAAGGAUUUUAAUAUCGAUAAAAUGUAUGGAGAUAAUGAUAAGGGAGGAUCUUUUUACUUUUGUAGAGAAAUUGCGAAAUUGUUUUCUGAAGAAUCCUCACUCGUUUCGUGUCUCUCUGAGAAUGUGAAGCACUUGUUCAAAGUGUGGAAAGAACGUCACGAUAAGAGGGUGAAGGAAGAGGAAGAUGAAUUAGAUUUUCACAAUGAUACCUUUUAUUCACAAAAUGAGCAUGUACCCAUGGAUGACAUUUCGAAAAUUAUCAAACAAGCUUCUCAAUCCACACAAGAGGCAAUUCGCGAGCAUUUAAUUCAUCCUUCUGCGUAUGAAGUGAUUUUCGAGAAAGUUUGUCUCGACUUGCAAUAUUAUCCAACACUUGUGGAGUUUUAUACUCCUCAAAAGAAGCAACAUUACAAAUUUAACACGUACACAGAGUUUGAUCAAUUUUUGUGUGAUCAGUACAAUGAUCGAAACAAAAUUCGUGAACUGAGACAAAAGUAUCCUAUGGACUACUUAUAUUUGAAGAUUAUGCACCGAAAAUUGUGGUGCUGUAAAGUGGCCAACUCGUUGUACGAUCCACUCAUUUCUAGAGACCACUUGUUUGAUAUUAAGGGAAGACAAACGUUCUUCAAGGAUCCUGAAACAUUGAUUCAUCACUUUGGAGAUGCCUCCUCAAUCACUAUUGACUAUGAAGCAUUGAAAAAGUCAAAAGAUGGCAAAACAGUCAAAGUCUUGUCGCUCGACGGUGGUGGCAUGAGAGGUCUUGUUCUCAUUGAACAAUUGAAAGCCAUUGAAGAAUGUACUGGAAAGAGAAUUGGUGAAUUGUUUGAUAUCGUUUGUGGCAGUUCUACCGGUGGUAUUAUUACCUUUUUUAUUGAAGCUGGCUAUACCAUGGAUGAAGUCAAGUCUCAAUACCUGGCCAUGGGUCGUGACAUUUUUAACAUGCAUUCGCAUUUUACGACACUAAAAAAGGCAAUCAAAUUUUUGAGAGGAAAGAGUUGGUAUGAGUCAAAAAUUCUUGAAAAAUACUUUAAGAGAAAUGCGGGAGCUAUUGAUUUGUAUUCAGCAACCAAGACGAGACCAUUUACUUUUGUUUGUGGAACCAUCAAACCAGAAAAAGCAUUAGAACCAGGUUCUAAAGUUUCUACAAAUUUCACAGAACAAUUUCCAUACAUUUUCAGAACGUACACCAAUCCUUUCAUUUCAACCAAGGAAGCUGCUAAAAAGUUGCUGGAUCCUGCCAAUGAUUUCAUUUCGAAAAAUAUUUACGAUGAUUUGUUUUACUCUGGAACAACCACUGGUCGUGGUGUGAAAAUUACAAAUGCAUUGAGAGCAACCACUGCAGCACCCAUUUUCUUUGAUGCUGCCUACAUUGGAAAUGAUUAUUUCACAGAUGGUGGAUUGACUGCAAACAAUCCAUCUGUGAUUGCUCUUAGUGAGGCCAUGAGAAUGUAUCUGGGUCACAAUAAGUUUGUUUUCGUCUCAUUAGGUACUGGAAAGAAGAGACGUUCUCCUUCACAAGAUGGUGAUUUUUUCAAUCCCAAUACGAAUGAGGCCAUGAAAAAGACCAGAGGAUUUAUUGAAAACUUAAUAGUCACAGCAACUGAUUUGAAACUAUUAGUGGACUUGGUAACUUCAUCAGAACGAAUUCAUGCACAAAUGGUUACUAUGGUGAAAUUGUUGAAUGAAAGAGAUCUCAAUGCUGACAUUAGUUAUUACCGAUUUGAUCCACCUGAUGUUGGAAAAUAUGAUUUGGAUACAGUAACACCUUCAGUGAUUGAGGAAUAUGAAACAAAAGCACGAGAAUAUAUUCGAAGUAAUGAAGAAUUCCCAGUCAUGUGUAAACGAUUGUUGCAAGAUUAA